AUGUACGCCUUGGUCCCAGUCGGAGAUGUAGUUACAGUGGCUACUUCAAACCAGAAUGAGAAGGGCAAGAAAACAGAGAAGUAUAGAGGAAUCCAAAAUCAGGGAGCCACCUGAUAUCUCAACAGUUUAUUGCAGACGCUCUAUAUGACUCCUGAUUUCAGGUCUAUCCUCUACUCGUGGGAUUAUAAGGAAGCAGAGGAUAAAUUUAGCAAGGAAUAUUGUAUUCCUUUACAACUGCAGAUACUAUUUGGGUGUCUUCAGACAUCCCUCAGAAAUAAGGUUAGCACAAAAGGGCUAACCUCCAGCUUCAAUUGGCACUCGAAUGAAGUAAGUUAUCAACAGGAUAUUCAAGAAUUCUGUCGUGUCCUCUUUAACGCAAUCGAGGAGAGUUUCAAAGCUAUUGAAAAGCCUUGAAGAAUCAAUGAUUUGUACCAAGGAGCUAUGUCUGAUUAUCUAAAGUGUACAGAAUGAGAUUAUGAAAGGAUAAACAUCCUUGAGUUUCUUGACUUGUCUCUUCCGAUUCAUGACCCUUGGAACAAUAUCAACAACUCUUCACUUCAAGAAGCCCUGGAAAACUAUGUGAAAGCAGAGGUCCUGGAUGAAGACAACAAGUAUUUCUGAGAGACCUGUGAUAAGAAGGUGAGAGCCGUCAAAGGACUUCUGUUCAAGAAGUUACCUGAUACCAUGAUUAUACAGCUUAACCGAUUCACUUUUAACGAAUAUGGGAAUGCGACUAAGAUCAAUGAUAAGAUUACCUUCCCUUACAUCCUUAAUAUGAACAAGUAUGUGAAUGAGGAUAUCUCUGAUAAAAUAAAACAAACUGAUCCCCAUUUCCAGGACCUUCAGCAAGAGCAAGUCCAGCAGGAGGAAAAUUUACAAAUUAAUAGCCAAACAGCAGAGGAAAUAAAGGAAGAAGACCAGUCUGAUAAAACUAUUGAGGACCAACAAAAGGUAGAUCAGGAGGCUAAACAAGCACAAGAACUUCAGGAAAUGUCAGAACGGCAAGCGAUGGGAGAGGAAGAUAUUGACUAUUCAGACCCUAUGAAUUCUGUUUCAGGUCCAAAGAAAGAGUUUUUCUAUGGUAAUCUUGAUGACCAAGACCAAAUCGCAAAUGUAGUGUAUAACAACCAGAAUGGAUCCACUGGAGGGACUGCAGUGCCUACUAUGCCUCCUUCUCAUAAGGCUAGAGAUGAUGCAGAAAUUCUUAACGAGAUCCAAACUGAUAUUCAAAACUACAUAGUCCAAGGUGAAUGGGUCUAUUACCUGUACAGUGUUCUCAUCCAUUCCGGUGGUGUAGCAGGUGGUCAUUACUCAGCUUAUAUAAAAUCCUUCGAAGACGAUCAGUGGUACCACUUCAACGACUCCACAGUAAGCGAGAUCUCUAUUGGAGAUAUUGAAGAAAUGUUUGGAGAUGGAAGAAGUACUAGGAAUGCCUACUUAGUAAUCUACAAGAAGCUCAAACUUAAAGAAUCGACCGAAAAACUAGAAGUGGACACUGACUUUAGAGCAGUUAUCAACGAGGAAGAAAUUCCAAGCUAUAUCAAGGACGAGGUUGAGAAGGAUAAUGAGGAGUUCAGAGAAGAAGAGAAGUCCAGACUCCGUAUGGAAGCCGACCGCAAAGAAAGAGAAGCUCAUAUUACUCUCAGAAUUUUUGCAAAGUCUAAAGCUAGUGAAGAAUCGACCGAAGAUAUUAGUUCAAAUAAAAUUGGACCAAGUGAUCCAUUAGUUAAAGUUGUGGAGAAGAAAAUCGAUUUUAAGAAUUACCACUCUCUUAAAAUGGCUCAUGAAGAAGCUUAUAAAGUUUAUGAGCUUGAAAAUCAGGGGAUUAAGCUGGAAGACACUCAGAUCCGUACAUACAAUGUUGGACUUAAGCUUCUCAAAAACUCUUUUGAAGAUAAACAAGAUGUAUCUCUUAAAGAGUUAGGAAUAGACCUUAGAGCUCCUAUUUUCAUUGAAACAAAGAAGCCAGAUGAGGUAUUUGACUCUCUUCCUACUGAAAUGAUUCCGUUAAGGUAUUAUCUCUGGAAGGAUAGCAUUCAGAGCCUUCAGGAGCAAUAUCUUGAUUGCCAAGUCCUCUUUGUCAACCAGAACAACACAGUAGGAGAGUUAGAGCAGGAAAUUAUUGUAAAUAUGAUUGAAAAAGGCACACUCCAGGAAGGCCAAUCUUUCGAAAAUGUUGUCCUCUACACUGAAAAAUACUUUGGAGGAGGUGUCACUCUCGAAGAAAUAGAUGGUGGUGAUGACAAGACUAAAUCUCUCAAAUCUAGCAGAGUAGAUGAAGGUUGUAGAGUCUUUGUUGAUUUCAAAAUUGACUCAGGUGACACUACGAAUUGGCAAAAAGAAUUCGAAAAACACGCUAAUAGGAGCAUAAUCCACUUUAACAAUCCUCAUGAUGGUCCAGUAGAUCAAUGGGCGAAUGAAGAGUAUAAGUCAUUUGCUAGCACCUAUGAAAACACUCUGUUCAUGGAUAAGUACCAGACCAUUCUCGAACUAAAGAUGCAGAUCUCUGAAAGAAUAGGCGUCGACAUCAAUGAGUUCAGAAUAAUGAAGGCAGGUAUCAGAUAUGAAGAGAUCAGAGACCUGUCCCAAACUCUAGUAGAAGCUAGGAUGCAAAGUGAAUCAAAGGUAUUUAUCGAGCUUGGCAAGCCUAAGAGUUCAGGAUCAGAAAAUGUGAUCAUAUACGAAGCUCAUUUCAAUCACCAAGAGGAUAAUGAGUUGUUUAUAUAUUCUGAUGUUCUCUUCGAAGUCAGUGUUGAUAAGGAAUGCAGUGUUAGAGAACUCAAACAGCUAAUUGCUCAGGAAUAUUCUAAAAAGUUCCUAGAAGGAGAACCAAUCCAAAGAGACAGAAUUAGGAUCAGAGAUAAAGGAGUUGAAAGGCUAGGUAAAGUCAUGAGAGAUGGUAAAUUAGUUAAGGACUAUGGUCUCUGUAGGAACAAAGUAUAUGCAAUGCAGCUACUUGACUUUGAAGAGAUCCUUACUGAUCCUAUGGAAAUUAUCGUCGUGAUAAGAGAAUGGAUCCCUAAUGGUGGCUCAGGAGAGCUUACUCGUAAAAAGGAAAUCCUUUUAAACCGUAAUAUGAGAUAUCAUGAAAUCAACGAAGUACUGAAAAACCUUGGAAUUAUCCCUGAGGAAGAAAACCCAGAGGAUUAUGAUAUUUGAAAAAUUAGCUCAAUUAUGAAAUUCAUGGUAGAAGAUCUUCCAAACCAGAAAUGGACACCUCUCACUGCUAAUGGAGGGUUUGAUCAACUAGAAACAGCUCCAUUCUAUCUUCGCUCAGAUGGGCACCUCAUGAUUAUUAUGAAUAGGAGAAAAUUUAACCAAAUGCCUAUCAUUAAGGACGAGAGUGCUUCUUUAGCAGUAGGGUCUAUAGAAGAUGCCAAUGUUUCAAAAUAUGACAAAUUUAACAUCAGAUCUACAGCUCACACUAUCCCAUUCAUUGGAGGUGGGCGAGCCAAUAACGCUGGAGUUACUAUCAAAGUUAUGGAUAAGAAAGCUCAACAAGAACAGGAGCUAAAGAAACAGGAAGAAGAAGUCAAGAGAAAGGAGAAGGAAGAUCAAAAAGAUAAGCAAUUCCAAGAUCGUAUGAACGAAUUUGCCUUAGCCUCUCAGCAUAAAGAACAAAUCAUAGCCAGCAGAGAAAUAGAGCACGCUUCUGUACAAGCCGCUGAUUCGCUGAUAGAAGAGACCAAUGCUGUAGCUCCUGAUCUAGAUUUCUUGGGAGCUUUUGAUGAUGACGAUUAUUAA